GAGUGUGUUAGCAACUCGUGUUGCUCAUAACAUUAUUGACGGAGUUGCAGAUCGGGUGCUGUUUGUGGUAGCAUGCAGAGUGCCUGUGAUGACCCUUGACGUCGUAUAUGCUGUCGCACACUACGUGGUAGCCAUUAUGCUGUGUGCGCCUAUAGUCACACAUGGAGAGCACAAGACUUUCUUUAUGGACAAUUCUGCGCGCGACUGUUCUCACAGCAUGCAUCACGUGGUCACAGACGAUGGCGCCACGGUGCGGGCGUGGGGGAAGAUAGACCACAAAUUACGGACUCCAGCCAAAUGUUCCUUAUACUUUCGCACAUCUCCGGCUCGACAGAGAUUUCUGAUCCAGAUAACUUUUCAUCGGCUGUACAUGCCCUGCUUGUCCCAUACUAGUCUGACGUUCCACGAUGGGGAUGUGUCGUCUACCUCAUCUCUCUUGGCUACCUACAGCUGCACUGUGAAGACGCCAGUCGAACCUUUAACCACUGGCGGCAAGUUCCUCAUAAUCGAAGUCUCCCCUGGGACCACCAAGUACGACUUCACCUUCACGCUAAAGGAAGUCGAAGAUAAUAAAGUUGGAACCAUCGUUGUUGCCAUAGGCAGCGUAUUUGGAGGCCUUGUGGGCUUUGUUGUGAUAGCUUUGGUGUGUGGAUACGGCUGCAGAAAGUUAAAACAAAAUCCAGAAUACUGCAGGACGGAGAUGGGAACAAGUACGGAGUGUAGUUUUCCGACAGAACCAAAUGCAUCAUCGUCCCCGUCGCCACGUCGAGUAUUAAUUGUCGUGGACAACGACAUGUGUCACCCCCAGUCGUGUCAGAACGUGGCAGUGCAGGUGCCCAGUCCAAAGAGCUCCGCGGAGUCCUCCUGGAUAGCGCUACAGACACUGGGGACAGAGCACGAUGAAGAUGGAAGGGACGGAAAGCACGUGCAUUUUACUAAUAAUCACAUCAAUGAAGCGCACACUAUAUGAUAUAUAGCCAAGGAUGAGGGUUUUACCUCAGUAUAAUAUGAUAUGGCUCGGGUAAGGCGAAAAUCAUUCAACUUGGAUGGCUUGCUGUUGGGUAGGUUCAUUGUUUGUGGAUAAAUACCAUGUGUGAAAAGGGAAAAGGUAUUGUUUGGAGCCGGUUGACAACACUGACUUGGAAGACAGCUUCUUCACAACACGCUGUCCAUUUCAUCACUCAACACCCAGAUGCGUGAUGGGCAAUCCGUGAUCGAUUUUGAAAGUGUAUCAUAGACAGAUACUUUAAAGUUUUAAAGAUAAAUGAAGGUGUGUUAAUAUGAAAGCGUGUUCGUGCGCACCUUUUCACGGGCACUGCUAUGGCGACGUUCGGUUUUACGCAACCAACACGUUGUUAUUGUAAUUAAUGGUUGAUGAGCUGAUGUCAGUAGGGUUGUUGGUACGCUCAGGGCAUGCAGGGAAAUAAUGAAAUAAUAUGAUGCGGCCACUAAUGAGUCUUAGGUGCCCUCACGGUAUAGCCUCGGGCAACCAUGAUUUUAAUUUCGUUUUAGGCUUAAGUGAUGUUGUAGUUAAGUAAUCGCCGAACAUGUUAAUGUCAGUAGAAACGUUGUUUUUUGUUAGUAGUUUUUCCGCAUUAAUAUUGCGUAAAAUAUUGCUUUUUUGUCGAGUUCGUUAUAAACAAGUAUUUAAAAAGUGGCAAUGUUAUCACCAGUUUAUGACUGGGUGAAAGUCGUAACUUAAUUGUGAAACUAUUCAUAUUUUGUACAGUAUAUUGCGCAAACUCUGGCACUUGGGGACAGAACAAAUUAUUCAAGUUUCGCAGAGAUUUGAGGUGGGCAACGUUCAUAUACUUUUAAACUAAAAAAAACACCAAAGGGAAAAAUCUGAUCCACUAGAUUUGUUGGAGAUAAAGAUAAUUUAAAAUAAGAUGUGACGAGGUAUGCGGAGUCUGUUGUAUUUCUAUCUGUUGAUAUCUUGUGUCAUGUAUUCUACGUGUGUUAUUUCACAGAAUUCAUUUUUUAAAUAUUUACCUGAACAAAAGUGAAGAAAUGCGAAUGAAUUAUGUUCGUUUAUAAAUGACGGAAAAUUAAAAAGGACUGAAAGUAUUCGGGCGUGGUGUAGUCUAAAACACUUGAAAACUACUUGAAGAAAUACGAAUAUUCAUUCACGACAGGCGUGGCACUAUUGUUACACAU